AUGAAGAAAAUGAAGCUGAUGGAGGCGGUGCAAGGCAUCCCCAGCACGGCCCUGCGCGAGGUGGCCUUGUUGAAGGAGCUCAACCACGAGAACAUCGUCAGGCUUGAGGAGGUGUUCUGCUCGCCAAAAAAGCUAGUGCUGGUCUUCGAGUACGUGGAGAAGGACCUGAAGAAGUACAUGAGAUCGCUGGGCCACCCGCUGACGCCAGCCGUCAUCAAGAGCCUGACCCACCAGCUGUGCCGCGGCACCGAAUUCUGUCACGCCAACCGGGUCAUCCACCGGGACAUCAAGCCCCAGAAUCUGUUGAUCGAGCGCCUCGACGGAGGCAGGCUGCGCCUGAAGAUCGCCGACUUCGGGCUCGCCCGCGCGUUCACCAACCCCGUGCCGAAGUACACCCACGAGGUGGUCACCGUCUGGUACCGUUUCCGCCGCUCCCCUUCUCCUGCAGACUACAUAGUUAGUGUCCUCCUGCUCCUCCUCCUCCCCCUCUCCGUGCUCCCCCUCGCCCUCUGCUCUUCCUCCCUUCUCCCAUGUUCCUCCUUCCUCAUCCCUCCUUCCCUCCCCCCCAUCCAUCCGCUCUCCUCCCUCUCUCCUCCCUCUGCCUUUUCUCCGUAG